CAAGGUGGGAUCUUGAUGAAAAUGAAAAGCCCUCCCCGUAGGGUCGGCUGGAUUUUCCUGGGUGACCGUGACGAAACCAGCGAAAUAAAAGAGCGCACCUGGACACGGUGCUUGGGUACGAGCGAAGACUAAACAGAGCCGCGCACAGAUACUGAGCUGCUCUCCACAAUACAACAAUGAUCGCCAACAUCUCUAUUUUCUGCGUGUCUUCACUUCUACUUUUAAACUUGGUCGGUGCCAAACCAGUUUCCAGUUUACAGCAGAGUCUUAAGCAGUUGUUAGAUGAAGGAGUCAACACGCCGUUUGUGGAGUCUGAUGAGUCGACGAUGGAGCAGAAGGAUGCGAGAGAGGAGAAGAGCGCACGGGACGAGCGCGCGGAACUGUGGGAAUCAGACGCGCGCAACUCCGCGCUGGCGGGAAAAGACAGAGCUUUCGAGCGUCUCCUGGGUGACUUACUGUCCACUUCCAAGCGCUCGUGGACUCGAUUCAAGAAAGGCGGACUGAGGAGCUGCUUUGGGGUCAGACUCGAAAGAAUCGGGUCUUUUAGCGGGCUCGGGUGUUAAGGUAUUUUAGGA